GCAUUUAGUGUUUUGCCUCAGUUUUAUAGUCGAGCGAUUGAAUCAAAGCGGGGUUGAAGAUGGAGUGAUUUUGCCGAAACGAGGUGCAUCAGACGCCAGGUGUUUUCACCCGUUUUCCGGAUUAAAUAAAUACAUACCGUAAUUUAUAAAAAAAAUCCUUGAUCUCAUAACGGGAGGCUGCACUGGACGAAAAAAGGAAUGUGUCAAGAUGCGACCUGUGUCUUCCCUGUGCGGCGCCAUCGUGGUCUUCCUCUCAGCCCUAGGGUGCUAUGCGUCUGGGCAAAAGCAAGAGCUGGGCAUGGUUUUCAAUCGACAUCCACAACCCUUCAUUGCUCCGCUUGGCGAUGAAGUUUUCUUCGAAUGUAGCCUAAAUCUGGCAGCAGAAAAAUUUGCAUGGCGACAUAGACCACUGGGUUCUAAUAAAUGGGAACCGUUUAUUCAAAUACCGAACAGUGGCGGUAAAACUUCCAAGCAUGUGGUCACUUGUGACGAUGAGUCGAAAGCUGGCGACUACAGAUGUGUUGCUUUCUAUGGAACGAGCGGCUUGGCAUCGGAUCCAGCUCGCUUGACUAUAGCAAAGAUAGACAAGUUUUCGGACAAGAGCGACGUCGAGAUUAAAGUACCUGUCGGAAACACGGUGCCAAUAACGUGUCCCGUUCCAUAUUCCGCUCCCGAGCCAGUAAUCCAAUUCUACAAAGACAACAAUCCCAUUCAAAGUGCUACAAUAUCGGGCAGCAGGACUAUGAUAAUCGAGAAUGCAAGAGCCUCCGAUUCCGGAAAAUAUCACUGUACAGCCAACAACUACAUAACAAAUCAAAUGUACCUCAGCAACUACAACACAAUUCUCACCGUUGAGUCAAAUCAGACCCAUCAAAAUCCAUACUUCAUCAAGCAGCCGCAGACUGAAUACAAGGUGCAGCGAGGGAAGAAUAUAAGUCUCGAGUGUUUCGGGGCAGGGAAUCCCGUUCCCUUCGUGACUUGGUCGAAAUUAGGCAGCUCGCUGCCAAUCAAAUCCUUCAAUACGCCCUCGGGAUUGACGAUAGUUAAUGCCCAACCGGCCGAUCGGGGUGAAUAUGAUUGUGUCUGGAGCAAUGGAAGAUACAAAAUAAAGUCGGUGAUUAUUCUGACGGUUGUUGAAGCGCCGAAGGUGGUGAAACCACCGAAAGGCUUGACGUUUGCUGAAGGAGGCGAGCUUGACUUGUCGUGUUCCGUUACUGGACAGCCGGAACCAACAGUUGAGUGGCUGAUCAAUGGAGAGACGCUAGUUCCGAAUAACAAUGUUGAAAUCAGAGGUGCGACGCUCUCGAUUUCGGUGGUGGAAAAGAAACACGCGGGGAUUGUGCAGUGUGUGGCUAGCAAUGAGUAUGGAUCUCAUUCGGGGUAUAAUUUACUCAGGGUGACUCCCAAGCAGCAUGUUGGUGGCGCUGUUGAGUCGAGGGAGGACUUUGGAAUACCGAGUUCUAGGCACAAGCACACAAGAGUUGGCGGUAGGCGUCGAGGAAAGGGUCGCAAGCGCAAAGGACCUGACGUUUUGGUACCGCCCGAACAGCCCCAGGUGACAAGACUUUCCGACAUGUCAGUGAUGGUCAGAUGGUCAGUGCCAGAGAACAAUGGCUUGGAAAUUCAGUUCUUCAAAGUUCAGUAUCGUGAAUUUGGGCCGAAAGUGAAUAAUGGAAAGCAGGCAAAGUGGAUGACUGCGAACACGGAGAUUCCGAAUCAUGUGCGAUCUUUCGAGGUGACAGAAUUGCAGCCAGGUCAUACCUAUCGUUUCAGAAUAGCCGCUGUUUAUUCUAACAACGACAACAAACUCAGUCCAAAUUCUGUCAAGUUUCAUCUGCACCGAAACACUGGCUUCAACGCCAACAAAAUGCCAAUUCCACUAUUCACAAAUACCGAGGCUUUGAGUCCGCACAGAAUUCUUCUCAUUUGGCAAAAUCCUGACAAGUCGGUUGAUAUCGAUGGAUUUUAUGUUUAUCAUCGUGCUUCAACGUCGGCAGGAGAUUAUCUGAAGACGACCGUUGAAGGGAAGAAUUCGUCGAGGAUUGUAAUUUCACAUUUACAGCCAGAUACGACUUAUGAGUUCAAGGUGCAGAGUUUUUCGAUCGAUAUGGCUUCCGAGUUUUCGAAAAUCUUGCGGGAGAAGACGAAGAAGUUGCCGGUGGAUGUUCCGGUGGAGCAGGUUUUACCGGAGAAUAAACCGAAGCCUGUGGAGACCCCGAAGAAUUCGAAUUUGUACGCCAUCAUCGGAGGAGUUCUUGGCGGAGGGAUUCUCCUCGGAGGAAUUGCUGCGAUCACUCUGGCUUACAGGAGGAGCAAGUCGAAACAGAAUCGAGACUCUUCGCAGGAUCAAGCCAAACCAAUGACGAACGGACGUGUGAUGAAUGGGGGAAUAACCGACUCGAAGAUAAACAUAACGUCGAAUCCGCUGGCGGGUCUGGAUGCGGUGGACGAUGCGCUUCAGCCCAAGAGCGGGCAACAGUCGCCGAUGGAAAUGGCAUCGUUUCUUAACGGUCAGAACAACAACAGCAACAGCAGCAGCAUCAUCCACAACAGCAUCGACCCGACCAUCGGGACGGCCCUCAACUCGUCGUCGACGCCACACGAAUCAUCACCACCAUCACCACCACCAGCACCACCGCUCCAUCUUCACCAAGGACCAGUGCCUAUCGAUCAACCCCUGUGAAUCAACUGUUAAACAGCCUCUAGUUUAAUCACAUCCUACGCAUCAGAUUCUUCUUCUUCUUCUUCUUCCUCAGUUUCUUCAGAUUGGCAACUGUCCAUUUCGUCGCCGUCUCCAGACUGCAACUCCGACCCUGGUCAUCUUAUGCUUGGUAUUAUUUUAUUCGCCAGGCCUCACAGAGACCUGUUUCUAGAUCCCCUAUUGUGCCCCCCCCACCCCUAUUAUUCAAUUAAGGGGUGUAACCACUGUAGAGCACGAAAAAAUAGACAUAUUUCGGGAUUUUUUUUUUUUGUCUCAAUAAAGAGAUCAAACAAAAAUUUUUUAAGUGAGAUUUAUAAUACUAAUAAUAAAGUACGGAGAGUUAUUUUUUAAAAUUAAUUUAUAACAAAAUGGCAGCUGCGGAGAAUUUCUCUGUCGGCGCCUUUAUUUUUAAUGUGUCCACGGCCAGAAACUUGACUCCUGCAAGUUUUGAUUUAAUUUAAAAAAUCAAAGUUUUCUCGAUUCUAUAGAACAGCAGCAAGAGGCGUACAUAGGAUUUUUGCGUUAUAUUGAUUUUUCUCGACAUGGUGUACUUUUGGAAAAAAGUUUUAAAUUUCAAGAAAAAAUCGUUACAAAAUUGUUUAUAAAAAAAACUAUGCAAUAUAAAAAAA